AUGAGAAAAAGAAACUAUUUUGAGGAAUAGUUUGCUAUAUCAUUGUCAUAAGACCUAUAGAAAAAGUACAUCGCUAAAUUCCUAGAAAAAUGUUAAAAUAGCAGUGACUUAAGCGAAAUCGACUGUAGAAUUCUAUCAUCUGUUAUUAGAAAUAAAGUCGACUGA